AUGAGAUUCUCCGCUAUCUUCACCCUGGGUCUCGCCGGCGCCGCCCUGGCCACCCCUCUCGUUGAGCGUGCUGGUUCCUCUCCCACUGACAUCAUCGCCGAUAUCAGCGACAAGACCGACGCUCUUGACUCCGCCAUCAAGGCUUACAGCGGCGGUGAUCCCUCCAAGGUUGAGUCCGCUUCGGCUGACUUGGUCUCCACCAUUACCAAGGGCACUGAGGCCAUCAAGGGCGGUGACGACAUUAGCACCACCGAUGCUCUUGCUCUGCCUGGACCCGUCCAGGACUUGACCAAGAAGGUUGAGCAGGCCGUCGAUGACAUUAUCGCCAAGAAGGACCAGUUCGUCAAGGCUGGCGCUGGCGGCAAGGUCAAGGAGUCCCUGAACCAGCAGAAGUCUGCUGCCGAUGGUCUCGCCGAUGCCAUCACCUCCAAGGUCCCUGAGUCUCUCAAGGAAAUCGCUCAGAACCUCUCCGCUGGUAUCAGCAAGGCCAUCCAGAAGGGUAUCGAUGAGUACAAGGACGUUUCCGACUCCGCCCCCUCUUCCAGCGCUGCUCCCUCCGAGAGCGCCUCUGCCACCGGCAGCGCUUCUGAGACCGGCAGCGCCUCUGCUACCGGCACUGCAUCUGCCACCUCCAGCUCUGUGAUCCCCACCUCCUCCGGUGCUGCCAGCUCCUCCGCUGCCCCCUCCGGCUCCAGCACCCCCACUGGCUCCGGCUCUGCCUCCGCCACCUCUCCUCCCCUGGCCACCGGUGCUGCCAACAAGGCCACCAUCGGCUACUCCCUUGGCGCCGUCGCCAUGGCCGCCAUUGCCGUCGCUGUCUAA